UUGCCUUGUCUCCGAUAUAGAGUAGCUGCGUUUGGGGUAACUGAGCUAUCAGUUGUAUAGGUCCUGAAUUAACAGCUCUGAGUCGUGGGAGUCACGUGUUACUCAACGUAUCAAAUGUCACUGUCAUUUUUCUCUUGCAACGGUAGUCGGACUUUUACGUCACUUCUAUGAGUGAAAACAUGACGCGAGAAGAAGCGUCUGGGGGCUUCAACAAGAGGCUUCUUGUUACUGGCGGAGCCGGUUUUAUAGCAUCUCAUAUGAUCAUUUCACUUGUUGAAAACUAUCCUGAUUAUCGUAUAAUUAACCUGGAUAAGCUUGAAUACUGUGCUAGUUUGAAGAAUCUUGAGGCUAUUGCAGAUCGUCCAAACUACAAGUUUUUACAGGGUGAUGUCUGCGACUCGCAUUUCAUAAAGCAUCUUUUUGACUCGGAAAAUAUAGACAUUGUGUUACAUUUUGCCGCACAAACCCAUGUAGAUCUAUCAUUUUUGCAUUCCUUUAAAUUUACCUACGUGAACACUUAUGGCACACAUAUCCUUCUCAAUGCUGCUCAUAGAGCUGGGGUAGAAAAAUUUGUCUACAUAAGUACAGAUGAAGUUUAUGGUGGUAGCUCAGAUGAGGUUAUACCAAAAUUUAUUUCUCUGCUUCAACACAACAGAAAAUGCUGUAUCCAUGGAAGUGGAAGGCAGAUGAGGCAUUUUCUUUAUGCUACAGAUGUUGUGGAAGCUUUGCUAGCCAUACUCAGGAUGGGGGAAAAUGGAGAGAUAUAUAAUAUUGGAACACAUUUUGAAAUCUCCGUCUCACAACUUGCAAGGGAACUAAUACAAAUGAUCAAAAAUACUGAGUCAGAAUCUGAAACUGAUAGUUGGAUGGAUUAUGUAAAAGACAGGCCUACCAAUGAUCUACGUUACCCAAUGAAGUCAGAAAAAAUGCACAACUUAGGUUGGAGACCUAAAGUUCAUUGGAAAGAAGGCAUAGAAAAAACAAUUGAAUGGUACAGAAGUAAUUUUCACAACUGGAAGGAUGCCAAACAUGCCCUGGAGCCAUUUGUACAUGAAUCAAUGGAUGAAAAAGAAAAGUACGGGAACAUGAAGUGCUAGAAUUCUACCCACUCCUACAAACGUUUGGAAGGAAGUAUAAGGACCACAAAGUUGCUUACUGUGUUACUAUUCCUGAGUCAGAAAAAAUACAAAAUAUGUGAUAAAUUGCAUUAAUUGCAAUGAUGGACAUGUGGGGAAUAAAAAGCUGGUUUUGUACUCCAUGACUGUGGAAGAGAUUUUGACUAGCCAUAUAAUAGCUCCAUUGGACCUUGAACCUUCUUUAUGAAUUAUUGCAAUUUAAUUGGAGCAUAAUUGUUCUCAAAUGUUAAUUGCAGUACGUUACAAUAUGUCAAAUAAGUCAGAUUUAUAAAACAUAAUUACAUGAGGGAUAUUUUUUUAAAUACUGAAGUGCAAUUUUUAUAUUUUCCAGGUUAAUUGUUCUGAUUAAAUAUGCUUUAACUAACAA